GGGCAAAAGGAGGAGUCUCCUUGGCCUCUAUAUAAGAUGCUUCCAAACCCCUUGAGAGUUUCAUCUCAUCAUAGGAAGCUCUUCCAGUGGAGCCCAGGAAGACCCAGAGCAAACAGAGCAUGGCUGCUUCGGUGAAGGUUGACUGGAAGCUGAAGGAGAAUGGCCACAAACACCACACGGACCAAUACUCCGGCACGGAGCUGGUUCUGCGGCGAGGACAGCCCUGUACGAUCACCGUCGUCUUUGGUGGAUCAGUGCCAGCUCCAGACAGCCUCACCUUUACUGUAGCAACAGGGUCGACUGCUGCUCUGCAGGCAAAGACACGCGUGGCAUUUGGCAUCUCCAGCUCACCAAGCAGCAACUCCUGGGGUGCAGUCCAGACCUCUGCAGCGUCUGGCUCCAUGAACAUCUCCAUUUCAAGCCCGGCAAAUGCCGCCAUUGGGCGCUACCAGCUUGGGAUCCAGACCGGCAACGCAUCUUCUGCCCACCUCGGCACUUUUGUACUGCUUUUUAACCCUUGGCUAUCAGAGGAUGACGUCUUCAUGCCCAACAAUGCAGAGCAAGAGGAAUAUGUCCUUUCAGAGUUUGGUCUUGUCUUUGCGGGCAGCGCAAAUCGUAUCUCUCAGUUCGGAUGGAACUAUGGCCAGUUUCAAAAUGACAUUCUGGACAUCUCCCUUUCCAUACUGGACCAAAGCUUAAGCUAUCGCAAGGACCCAACUGCUGAUGUGCGCAAACGAAAUGACCCCAAAUACGUUGGGCGGGUGCUCAGUGCUAUGGUCAACAGCAAUGAUGACAAUGGAGUGUUGCAAGGAAACUGGAGUGGGAAUUACAGUGGUGGAGAAAGUCCAAGCAGCUGGACCGGAAGUGUGGACAUCUUGAGGAGAUGGAAGGACUCUGGAUUUAAACCUGUCCGGUUUGGGCAGUGUUGGGUCUUUGCAGGAGUGCUGACUACUGCCCUCCGCUGUCUAGGAAUUCCAACACGCAUGAUCUCCAAUUUCAACUCUGCCCAUGACACCGACAAGACCCUGACUGUGGAUGUGUAUUAUGACAGCUCAGGAAACCCUCUGAACAUUGCCUCAGACAGCAUCUGGAAUUUCCAUGUCUGGAAUGAAGGCUGGUUUGUUCGGCCUGAUCUUGGCUCCGAGUUCAAUGGCUGGCAAAUUUUGGAUGCAACUCCACAAGAGAGGAGCACAGGCAUCUUCCAGUGCGGUCCGGCUUCGCUGACGGCCAUCAAGGAGGGAGACGUUGACCUGAACUAUGACUCCCCGUUUGUCUUUGCGGAGGUCAACGCAGACCGUGUCACCUGGACAUAUGACACCGCCACGGGAAAGUCAACCAAGGUUUACUCUGAGACCAAGUCCAUUGGCCAGUUCACAAGCACAAAGGCUGUGGGGAGCUACACCCGCCAGGACGUCACUGACAAUUAUAAAUAUGCAGAAGGCUCUGCCAAGGAAAGGGCCGUGUUUCAAAAGGCUCGUGCCAAACUAAACCUGAACACGUUCCAUGCCACAGCUGCCAAGGCAGCGGAAGCGGUAAAUCCCCACCUCUUGGGGCAGUUCAAAGUGGAGAACCCCCCCGAGGUCGGCAAGGACGUCAACUUAGUCUUGACCCUGAAGAACCUCGCCUCUGCGGCCAAGAGCCUGACGGCCAAGAUGACCGCAUGGUCCAUCAUCUACACCGGGAAGCCCAUCCAUGAAGUCUGGAAGAACUCUGUCUCAGUGACUCUUGGUCCUCAAGAAGAGAAAGCGUUUCCUAUCAAGAUCUCCUAUGCCGAGUACCAGCAACACCUGACACCAGACAACAUGAUCCGAACCACAGCCUUAUGCCAAGUCAAGGACGGGGGCGAUGCUGUGGUGGAAAGGGACAUCACCCUUGACAACCCCACUGUCACCAUGAAGGUGCUUGGGCAGGCGAAGGUGGGCCAGGAGGUGAAAGUGGAAGUGGUCUUCACCAACCCCCUCAACGAGGAAGUGAAGGACUGUGUGCUGCUGGCUGAGGGGAGCGACUUGCUGACAGACAAGCUCAAGAUAGACGCACCACCACUGAAGGCCAAGCAAAGCUCCCGGCUCCAGUUUGAGGUCAGCCCCAGCAAGAGCGGAACCAAGCAGCUGCUCAUCAAUUUCUCCUGUGACAAAUUUCAAGACAUCAAAGCCUUUGAGACCAUCCAGGUGGCCGAGUAACCUGAAGCCAGAGUGGAGCUGGGAUGCCGUGAGCGAGUCCGCGGUGGGCGCUGAACCCAAGAGUUUUACUAUUGUUUUAAUACACGUUUUCUUCUUGUA